AUGGGGUCUCCAAUGGCCUCUCUCCUUGUCACUCUUUUAGUGGCGACAAUCUCUCUCAGCUUGCCAUCAGAAAGCACAGCAACCUACAAGUACUCCUCUCCUCCACCUCCUAAGAAAUCCCCUCCACCACCACCUCCUCCUUAUCACUACAAAUCCCCACCACCUCCUCCUCCAGUGCAUUCUCCACCACCACCUGUGCACCCUUACAAGUACAAGUCACCACCACCUCCUCCACCAGUGCAUAAACCUCCACCUUCACCAACGCACCCUUACAAGCACAAGUCCCCACCACCUCCUCCACCAGUGCACAAGCCUCUACCUUCACCACCAACACACCCUUACAAGUACAAGUCCCCACCACCUCCUCCACCAGUGCAUUCUCCUCCACCACCACCACCAACGCACCCUUACAAGUACAAGUCCCCACCACCUCCUCCACCAGUGCAUAAGCCUCUACCUUCACCACCAACGCACCCUUACAAGUACAAGUCCCCACCACCUCCUCCACCAGUGCAUUCUCCUCCACCACCACCACCAACGCACCCUUACAAGUACAAGUCCCCACCACCUCCUCCAGUGCAUUCUCCACCACCACCAACGCACCCUUACAAGUACAAGUCUCCACCGCCUCCUCCAGUGCAUUCUCCACCCCCUCCUCCAUCGCCAGUUUACAAGUACAAGUCUCCCCCACCACCUCCGCCAGUUCACAAGUCACCACCCCUACCACCCAAGAAGCCCUACAAGUAUAAGUCUCCACCACCACCUCCACCAGUUCACAAGUCACCACCCCUACCACCCAAGAAACCCUACAAGUAUAAGUCUCCCCCACCACCUCCAGUUUACAAGUCCCCUCCUCCUCCACCGCCAGUUUACAAGUCACCACCUCCUCCUCCUCACAAGAAGCCAUAUAAAUACAAAUCUCCUCCACCACCUCCUCCAGUUUACAAGUCCCCUCCACCUCCUCCUCACAAGAAGCCAUACAAAUAUAAAUCCCCACCACCUCCUACUCCAGUUUACAAGUACAAGUCUCCUCCACCACCACCACCACCAGUACACAAGUCUCCACCACCACCUCAUUACAUUUACAAAUCACCCCCUCCACCUCACCAUUACUAGAUCAUGGCGCUCAUAGUUUCAAGGUAAAGGGAAGAGUAUCAUGCAAUAAGGAAAAGGAUAUUGCGAGCAGGAGCUAGCCUUGCAAGGAAGGAAAGGAUAGCUAAUGCGUAUAACGGAGCAAUCUGUGUUUUAUUUAGAAGAUGAAUAAAAAUACGUGUAGUAGAAUUUCCUCAUUUUCAUUUACUAUUACAGAGUUCUGGUGAUCGGUUUGCUUAUUUGGUUUGUCGAAAAGUAGCUUAUAUAUAUGUAUGUGAUUUUCAACCUUUUGUGUGCUGUUGCAUGCAUGGUUGUUCAUAUGAAGUAGUAAACUUAAUAAAAUAAUCUUUAACCAAAACAGAA